CGAUUUAAUUAAUUUUCAGAAGAAAUAGUGUAGGAGUUAGCAUUUAGCAUAUAGACUUACGAACUGGAUGAUACCUCGACUGCCUUUGCACACAAGUACAUAUAUAUUAUAAUUUGCAGUCUUAAUUUUGAUAUACAUUUUCAGAUAAAAACCAACAAAAAUAACAUUAAUCGUAUUAUUCUACAUAAUAUCGGAAAAAAACAAUUGCGAAGAUUCGAUUUUGCUACAGAACUUUGUCAAUUUAAAACGACAUGCUGUUCAUGCAAAUGUUCUAUAAAGCGUAUUCAGUAUCUAUUAGAUGAGAUAGAUAUUAUAAGAAAAAAUGAAAUACUAGCAGUGUGUCAACAUUGUAAGCGAUUAAAUUUAAAAGGCAACUGUAAAAGAUGCGAAUAUUUAUUAAACAAGUUCAUUAACUAUAAAGUUCAGCAGCAUGCUGAUAGUGAAGAACAAUACAAGUCAUGGAUUUGUAAAGUAAGAGACAUACUAAAGUGUAUGUUAGAAGAAGCUUCUGUAAACGAAGCUUUUGUUAAGAGUUUUCAUUCAGAUGCAGAACUAGAAAAUCUUAUAAGGCUUAUUAAAUAUGAACCUGCAGAUAUGGCAGGUACCCCACGUUUAGAAGGUUUUCCGUCGAAUGAAACAGAUUAUUUGAGCUCCGAGAAUAAUGCAAUAAGCAAAAAGUUUAUAGAAAAAAUAAUGAGUGAAAUUUCCACACCGGAAGGAACAAUGAGUAUAUGUACAUAUAUACCUGAGAGCAUGAAAUUUCGUGCAAGGCUAUACGUCGAGGCUCCUAAAAGUAAUAUAAAAUCGUCAUUAGAGAAAAAUGAAGAAGCAUCACAAUUACUACAAACGCUACAAGAAGAUAAAAAAAAAAUCGUUACAACACUACAGCCGAAAACGUCACAUGAUAAUGUCGGCAAUAAAGGGGACGAUAAAGAAACACGGGAAAAAAAUAUCAAGCAACCUGAAUGGUCAUAUAAAAAAACUGAAGAAAUUGAUGCGUCAUCCGUUAAAAAUACGAAAAGUGGUAAAAGCAAAAAUAAUGUAAAAAGAAAGGAGUAUAAUUUAGCUAUUCCUAACAGUAUGUCUAUUCAAAAAUCUCAUCAUAUACAGUCGCAGAUAGAGUUAUGGAAAAAAAUGAAUAAAAAGACAAGCCAUCAUAAAGAAACCAAGUCAUUAUAUAAAUCUGAAUUACCUAGAUGUUAUAGUUUUCCAGUAUUAUCAAGGAGAACAACAGAGAUUUCACAGGAAGAAAAAUCUUCAGAUACUGUUCUAGAAUGUCUACCCAGACGUUCAUCGGCGAGAAGAUUGAUAUUCGGUUGUAAAAUUCUUAAGAAAGCUCGUUUGAAGUCACAGAGUGUCGGCUCCUUCACACCCUUAUUAUUUAAAUGUCAAUAUAACUUUCUUUCUAAUGAAACAUUAUCACAAAAAGUGAGCAAAACUGGAUCUAAGGAAUUACAUGCUAUGGCCAAUGCUGAGAUAUUACAACAGGACACACCAAGAGGAAUCACACAAUAUAUGCUAUCGAAUCGGAAGUUUAUAGAAAAUGGUGUGACUAUUCUACCAACAAGCAAAAUUAUGCGCAAAAUGUAUGUUUUUAAAAUGGAGCCUGUUGAUCCGAAAUUGAACUGGUUCUAUGUGUACAGAAAUGAAGUUUUAAAGUAUUAUGAUACUGGAGAAUUAUUGGCCAAAAUAUACAGUUCUGAAAGAGGCAUAUUAUUCUAUAAGAAUGGAUUAAAGGCAUUGGAUUUUCGUCCCAGCGCAGAGUUAGACGUAGGACAAAUAUAUUUAAUUUUUGGUUGUAAUGAUAACACAAAUUUACAUGAAAAAAAGCCCUUCUCGAUUGUUGCUUGUUUCGAUCAAAUGGGAAAUGGUAUUGUGUAUGAUCAUUGUGGUAAAGUAAGAUUGAAAUAUAACCAAACUGAAGGAAUUGUAUUAGAUAAGAAAAUUGGACCACAUACUCGAUGGCAGUGGCAUUGUCUCAAUGACCCACCUGAUCUAGUGCAUGUUCAUUUGGAGAAGUACGAAUCGAAGCUUCAGAAUAACUACGAUAGAAAAGCUGCCACAAAAACGUUCCAUGCAGACAUGGUAGCUAUAGAGCUUGAAAAUAUCGCAAGACAGAAAGCGUCCAAGAUGGCAACAAAGUUCAGACCAUAUCAAAUACGUAUGAAGGUUGUAAAACUAAACGAUUAUAUUUCCUUAAGAAUCCUCAAUCAAUCGAACAUUUAUAUUUUAUUUAGAAAUGGAAAGACGAGAUUGAAACUAAACGUGGGAAUGAAACUGAAAGUUGACGAGAUCAUUGAUAUGCAGACUUCUGACGUGUCAGAGGUGUUCACCCCAUACGAUAAAGGAAUUCCCAUAUUACACGAGAGCAGUCAGGAUAUUCAAGAUUUUAUUAAAGAGGCGGAGUUGUUCCAAAAAUCAUCACGGCUAUCAUAUAACUGACGUGUUACGGGAUACUUUUUAUUUACUUACUACAAGCUUAAAUAAAACUGUAAUUUUUA